AUGGAAUCAAAUGUUACUGCCAACAAAACCGAAGAGGAUGUGGAGCAGGCACUAGCACAGGAAUCUGAAAUCUCUAACGCUAUUGAACCUGAAGUUCGUCCAACGAAGCGUCCAAAGCGUCCUAAUUCUAACAAACGACCAGCAGCUGGCGAUCACAAGCCCCAUCAUCACAAUCCCAUGGCACUACCAGCAUCCUGGUCAUACUAUCCAAUUCCAUAUCCAAUGUCAUAUCCACCUUGUCCAUAUCCGCAGCCAAUGUUUUACCCAAUGCCUAUGUAUUCACCAUACUUUUUCCCAUCCCAAAUGCAUACUUCAGAGAAGAAAAUCCCCGCUAAUGCUAUGCAAUCAGAUGUCGCCGAUUCUGCAGAGUCUGGAGAAGAAAUCAGUAAUGAAGAGCUGCUCAGAAAUGCCAAUUUGUGGAAAAAUCGCUUCGAAAACAAGUGGGCAAACAAGACAACCAACAGUAGUACAACCGUUAAGCCAACUAAGAGAUUCAUCAUUAGAAAUUGGGUAGCCAACAAACUCAAUAAGAAAACGACAACUACAACCACUACAACCACAACAACUACUCCAGCCCAAUAA